AUGGCAGAAGGCGGCUUCAAUAAAGUCUUCCUCCUGACGAUGGAUGACGGCAGCGAAGUCGUUGCACGUCUACCAACUCCAAUCGCCGGCCCCCAACACCUGACAACUGCGAGCGAAGUUGCCACUAUGGACUUUCUUAGAAGUGUAUUGGACAUACCAGUACCUCGAGUCCUUGGUUAUUGUGCCACGGUCGAUAACCCUAUUGGUGCCGAGUACAUCCUUAUGGAGCGGCUUCGAGGUGAUCAGCUCGGGGCUCGAUGGCUUUCACUGCCAACUCCCCAACUUGCGGACUUGAUGAGCCAGAUUGUCGAGAUUGAACGGAAACUCUUUUCCUUCAGAUUUCCCGCGUACGGCAGUCUUUAUUAUCAACAUGACACACCGGAGAAAUCUAGGGUGAAUAUUUCGACUGACAAGGGUAACUUUUGUGUCGGCCCUGUCUGCAAACGUCAAUUCUGGCAUGAUGACCGCGCAGACCUACCGCUGGACCGUGGGCCAUGUAUACCUCUGGUGCCCUCCAAAUCGGAAAUGCAAACACCAGUUUUGAGGCACCCCGAUCUAAGUUUCCCCAACAUUGUGCUUGCCCCAGGGUCAAAUAAAAUCCUGUCCAUAAUUGACUGGCAGGAUGCUGCAAUUCUUCCGCUAUUCAUGCAAGCAGGGUACCCAGCAUUUUGUGAGCAUGAAUUAUCCCAAGUGCAAACUCUGCAGAAGCCAAAACUUCCCGAUAACUAUGCUGAAAUGAAUGAGUUUGACAAGUUGCAGGCUGAUGCUAAAUUCCAAUUGGAGAAGGCAAAUUUCUUCUACACUGUCGCAACUGGGGCGCAAAACAGCUUGCAUCUAUUGGCCCUGCGCCAACCGGGCCUCGGGAUGCGGCAAUAUCUUAUUUCACAGGCUGGAUAUCCCUGGGAUGCCGAUUUGGUCAAUUUCAAGGCCGCACUUGUUGGCAUCGUGAAAAUAUGGGAUUCGAUUUCGUCUGAGCCCUGUCCCGUAUCGUUUUCUCCUGCUGACGAGGAGAAGGCACUUCAAGAUGCAUCUGAGUGGAGAGAGUGCGCCGAGAUCCUCUCGACAGUGCAGGAUUCGCUUGGAGUCGAUCGGGAAGGCGGUACAGAUCCAGACAAUUUUGAACACGCAUGCGAGAUGAACCAGCGAUGGCGGCUGGAGAUGCUAAAACAUGCAGCAAGUCACCAGCGGAAGAUUUGCUGGCAAGGGUGGGUGUUUAAAGGCGAUCAAGAUAAUUCCUUGCCUCCAUUGCUUGAUUAG